AGUGAAUGUACACGACCCAUCAUUGAAACGCGUUAUUUUAAAAAAUUUAUACAUUUCUAAGAUAAUACGUUACUGUUUCACCAAAAAAUGAAGGGUUGUGUACAGUGCUUGAGAGUGAUAUUAGUUGUCUUCAAUUUCCUUGUAGUGCUCAUUGGUUUAGCAGUUCUCGGCUUCUCAGUAUACAUUUAUUUGGAACCGGAAGCUCAAGACAUUAUAUUAGCAUCAGGACAACAGCAUGUAGUACAAAUAAUGUUAUACGCUUUAAUGGGGAUCGGUGGAAUUACACUAGUUAUCGCCUUGUUCGGUUGUUGUGGUGCAUAUCAUGAAUCACAAUGUCUACUGGGAACCUACUUCACAAUACUUAUUGUGAUAUUUGCAACUCAAGUGACCGGAGCUACAUUGGGUUACAUAUACAGAGAAGAGAUUAUGAAAUAUGUAGAUGAUCGUAUGAGAGAGGGUAUUGAAGAGUAUUCAAUGUUACGUGAUCAACGUGAGAAUCCUAUACCGUUUAUGGAUUCAAUUCAACGUAUGUUACGUUGCUGUGGUGUUAACGGUUACGAAGACUAUCGUGAAAGUAUACCUAUCGCCUGUUGUGAUCAUCAUGUUAGCAAUUGUCUGAAUGUGUUACUGUCACCUGAAGAAGUGUAUAAAGAGGGUUGCAAAGAUAAAUACAAGGCAAUGUUAAAAGAUAAACUGGUGAUUAUAUUCCUUGCAACUGUUUCCAUCGCAGCUUUUGAAAUAUUCUGUCUCCUAUUUUCAAUGGUCAUGUGCUGCACAAUACGACAAUACCACUCAGAUUAUUAUGGCGUUAACUACUCGAUCGGUACUUGAUUCUGUUAACGUUAAACAGCCUAGAUAAAUAGAAGUUAGAAAAUUUCCUGGUGCUUUUCAUCAUUUUUGUUUUACUGCUUGUGUUUCUUUUUUGUUUGUUUACCUGAUGAUGAAACAUUGAAUUUUUUAUAUUUUGCUCCAUUCAUCCUGUUGUAUUUUCGCCUGUUCUCUGUUUGUGUGCGUGUGUGCGUGUAAGCGCGCGUUGUUCAUAUAUUAAUUAAUAAUUCGUCAACUUAAUCAAAUGUCAUUCUGAGAUUGAAUUUCCCGCCAAAAAAAACGUAACACUCUCAGUAACAAUUAAAACAAACAAACAACAACUGUUAAUUCAAUCAUCUCGUGUUUUUUUCUGCUUAUGGUGAUAUUUUAAUAAAGUUUUAAAAUAUUUUUUACUAUAAUGCAACAAUCGUAUACUCAAUGAAAAACAAAAAUAAUCUAAUCAUGAUUAUUGUUAUUAUCGAAAUUAAUUUACCGAGUAAACGGUCAUCGUCAACAGCAUUGCUUUACCAAGUCUGUCUUACUCCUAAUCCCUUUGUUAUGCUUUAUUUACGAAAAAAAGAAGAAAAAAAAAAGUAGUGAAGUGAACUCAACUAUUUCAUCAGUUCUCCUCUUUGAUCGACUACUGACUGACUAACCUUCAGUGCAUCAAAUUAUCUUUUUUUCUAUUGUAACAGGUUGAACAGUCAAUAGGGUAUCAUUACUUUUAUAUUACAAAAAACAAAAAGGUUUCUUUUUAUGUGUCACCUAAUCUCUAAUCUUUCUUUCUUUCUUCCUUCCUUCCUUUUAUAAAACUGUCAGUUGUUUUUGUGAACAAACC